GCCGUCUCUGCACCGACGGUGAAGUACCGGUACUUUGUAUCCACUCAUAUCACGGAACGAGGUUAUAUGCUUGUUUAUCAUUUAAUAGCUCUGCCUCUGAUGAUGUUUGUACAGAAAGAAACUUCACCUAAACACAGUCUUGCCCCCAGCAAUCUGCCAGCACCCAAGCAUAUCAAGAUGCCUCUUAAUGAAGACAUAGAUGACAGCUUGUACAGCCGUCAGCGCUAUGUGCUUGGAGACAGUGCCAUGAAGCAGAUGGCACACUCUAAUGUCUUCCUCAGUGGUCUUGGUGGAAUAGGCAUAGAAAUAGCUAAGAACAUUGUCCUGGCGGGUAUAAAGUCCUUGACCAUCAAUGAUAACAAAUCAUGCAGCAUAAAAGACCUUGGAACACAGUUCUUUCUCAGAGAACAAGAUGCUAAAUCCAACAAAACCAGGGCGGAAGCAAGCUACAGCCGCAUUGCAGAGCUCAACCCUUAUGUGAGCAUCAAGCUGAGUCAACAGACAUUGGCGGACAACUCAGACCUUGAUUUCCUCAAGCAGUUCCAGUGUGUGGUCCUGACUGAAGCAACGCUCAAUCUGCAGCUGAAGAUCAAUGAGUUCUGUAGGGCUCAGAAUCCUCAGAUUAAGUUUAUCAUGGCUGAUGUGUAUGGUCUGUACAGCUACUGUUUCUGUGACUUUGGAGAUGAGUUUACAGUCCAUGAUCCUAACGGUGAAGAACCCAGACAAACAUUUGUUGCCAAUAUCACCAAGGGCAAUCCUGGCGUAGUCACAUGUCUAGAUCAGCAAUAUCAUGGUCUGGAAACAGGGGACUAUGUGACCUUCAAAGAGGUCAAGGGCAUGACUGCACUCAAUGAUGCAAGGCACAAGGUCAAAGUGAUUUCACCGUACAAGUUCAGUAUAGAGGACACAUCAGGUGAUGAGUUUCAGCCGUAUGAGACUGGUGGUAUAGCUAUAGAAGUCAAGGUUCCUGUUACUGUCAAGUUUUUACCUCUUCGAGACCAACUGACCAAUCCGUCUACUAUCCUUGUAGACUUUACCAAAGACCUGAUGGUGUCUCAUCUUGCCAUGUAUGCUCUACAGCAGUUCAGAGAGGAGAAUGGUAGACUACCAAGUGCACGGUGGAAUGAAGAAGAUGAAGGUGCCUUUGUGAAGAUUGCAAUGCGUCUGAACGACACCCUAGCCGACCCCAUCCCAUCCCUAUCUACCAAGCAGCUUGUAUCCCUGGCGUCGUGCGCUGAAGGGUGCUUUGCUCCGCUCUGUGCUGCCUUGGGUGGGUUUGUAGCUCAAGAAGUCCUGAAGGCACUCACCGGCAAGUUCACUCCUCUGAAGCAAUGGGUCUAUCUUGAUUCAUCAGAAGUGUUGAAGGGUCUGGAAAAUGAAAUGGCAGAAAAUUUCAGGCCAAAGGGUGACCGAUAUGAUGCUCUUAGAAUCUGUCUUGGUGAUAACCUUGUGCAGAAGAUAGCAUCUCAGAAUCUCUUUAUGGUGGGAUGCGGUGCAAUAGGAUGUGAGAUGCUCAAGAACUUUGCCAUGCUUGGUGUAGGAGUUAGUGGAGGAAAGAUAACAGUGACAGAUAAUGAUAUCAUCGAGAAGUCUAACUUGAAUCGACAGUUUCUCUUCAGACCUCAUCAUAUACAGAAACCCAAAUCAGAGACUGCAGCACAAAGCACUAGAGAUAUUAACCCGGAUAUGAAGAUUGAAGCACAUCAGAAUAAAAUUUGUCCACAGACAGAAACAACUAUCUACACCGAUGCCUUCUUUGAAGGAAUGGAUGUCAUUGUCAAUGCCCUUGACAAUGUACAGGCAAGAAGAUAUGUUGAUAGUCGCUGUGUUACCAAUCAGAAGCCAUUGAUGGAGUCUGGAACGCUAGGGGCCAAAGGUCACGUACAGGUCAUAGUUCCUCACUUGACCGAGUCUUACGGAAGUAAACAGGACCCUCCGGAAAUGUCCAUACCCUACUGCACCCUAAAGUCAUUCCCGGCUCAGAUUGAACAUACUAUACAAUGGGCCAGAGACAAGUUUGAGAGCUUGUUUGCUCAGAAGCCGAGUAUGUACACCAAAUACUGGGAGGUGAAUGGACCACCUGAAGAUGUAGUGAAGAAACUUGAAGGGGGAGAGGCCUUGGAGAACACCUUACCUGUCACUAAGUACCUUAUUAAUAGGGGCACAUCAUGGAAGGAUUGUGUGAGGAUAGCGAGAAUCAAGUUUGAGAAGUACUUCAGUAACAAGGCCAAGCAGCUGCUCCAUGCCUUUCCCUUGGAUGCAAAAACAUCAGAUGGAGGUAUGUUUUGGCAAUCACCUAAAAGACCACCCACCCCACAGGUUUUCGAUCCAAACUCAGAAUUGCACAUGUCAUUUGUAGUAAGCUGUGCCCGCCUCCUUGGUGCUGUAUAUAACAUUCCAGUGGGUGAGAUGGAUCCCAGGAAGGAGACAAUAGAAGCCAUCUUAGCCAAUGUAGCUGUACCUCCAUUUGUACCAUCUUCUAAGCGUAUAGUGACUGAUGAAUCGGAAGGCAAAGAAGAGAAAAGUGAGGGGGCUGGAGCUACUGACAUGACAUCUGCAGCUAAAGAGCUUAAAGCUGCUAUUCAAUCUGGAAAAGCAGCUUCAGCUCUACUACGACUGACCCCAGCGGAGUUUGAAAAGGAUGAUGAUUCCAACGGUCAUAUAGACUUCAUUACUGCUGCUUCUAACCUGAGAGCAAACAUGUACAGUAUUGAGAAUGCUGAUCGGUUCAAGACCAAACUCAUCGCAGGAAAGAUUGUCCCUGCCAUUGCCACUACCACUGCAGCUGUUGCUGGAUUGUCUGCCAUUGAGAUGGUGAAAUACAUCAAAGGAACCACAAAGAUUGAGGAUUAUCACAACUGCUUCCUCAACCUAGCUCUCCCCGUCAUGAUGUUCUCGGAGCCAGCUAGAACCGUAACAACCAAACUCAAGCAAGGUUUGUCCUAUACUGAAUGGGAUAGGUGGACAGUCAAGGGUCACAAGGAUUUCAAACUACAGGAAUUCAACCAACAUUUGAAGGAUAAGUAUGAAUUGGAUGUAUCAAUGGUUGCCAUAGGAGCUAGGCUGAUAUAUCUUCCUGUCUUACCCGGUCAUCCAAAGAGACUCAAACAAAAGAUGAUGGAUCUUAUCAAACCAGCAGCAGGUCUAAAGUACAUUGACCUCACUGUCGGCUUUGAGGAGGAAGAUGAAGAAGAAAAUGAAGAGGGAGUAGAGAAAGGCGUCCCUCCUAUCAGAUACUUCUUUGGAGUUUAAAGACAACCUAACAAACUUAUAUUUCAAUGGUAAGAUGACUUAAUUAAAAAUAAUGAUAUAAGCAGAAACUUAUCUGUGAUGCUUGAUUUAGUGCAUAUGCUGCUGCCUGACAUUUGUGCAAAAGCAAGAACAUUAAGUUUUACCAGGAAUUUAUUCCUUACAUGUACAUGAAUAUAAUUGUAAUAAUAAUAUUUCCAUUCAUAAAGCGAUGUUACUGUGUGCAUAUAUAAUACUCAACUGUGCUUUGAUACGUGAUAUCAUAGAUAUCUUCAAACAUUAUGAAUGAACAGUAGAUUGUUGCUCAGCUGGGCACAAAAUUAUUUACAUGAAAACUUCUACUUGAAAAGAAGAGAGAAUCUUUACCCUUUCUGUAUUGCACAAACUAACAAUUUGAAUCAGUCAUUCAGUAGUUUUCAUUGUAGGGGUCAUAACUAUGUAAGUAAACAUGGCAUAGACCUGAUCAAGUCACUAUCAAGCUGAUGAAUGUUCUUGCUGAAUUAAAUCAUUAUUGGAUUACAUAUUCAAUGUUAUGUGCAUUUUGAUAUUUGUCUCUCUGAGACAAAAAUAGACAAAAAAAUAUGAUUACCAAUUCUUAGAUAUUUUUG